AUGUGUGGUCGUUUUGCUUGUUCCUUGUGCCCAUACGAGCUGCGUACAACACUCCGGUCAAGCGACGUGGCUGUGUCUGAUAAAUGGAAUGACGAGGACUAUUUCCAUCCUAGUUACAACGUUGCACCUCGUAAAUGGAUCCCUGUUGUGCGCUACGCUGAUAAUAAUGACUUGAUCCUGCAAACCAUGAAAUGGGGAUUCAUCCCUUCGUGGGCAAAGCACACACCCGAUAAUCAGCCAAUCAAUGCACGUGAUGAAACUCUCAGUGUAGGCCACUCCAUGUUUGACCAUGCGAAAAACAAAGGGCGUUGCAUUGUUGUUGCGGAAGGAUUCUUUGAGUGGAAGAAGCUAACCGAAAAGAAGAAGAUUCCUUAUUACACAAAGCGCAAGGAUGGAAAGCUGAUGCUGUUUGCUGGUCUCUAUGAUCAUUCAAAUAUUGAUGGCCAGUCCUUGUAUACGUGCACUAUAGUCACCACGUCACCAUCCAAAUUCUUUUCCUUCCUCCAUGACCGGAUGCCUGUUAUCCUCGAGAAUGGAUCACCAGAGGUGGAAAAAUGGUUGUCUUCAGAGCCGUGGAGUAAAGACAUGUCCAAUAUCAUGAAGCCAUACGAAGGCGAAUUGGAUUGCUACCAGGUCACUGAUGCUGUUGGGCCUACCACCAAUAAUUCAUCCGACUUUGUUAUACCUGUUGACCAACUCAAGGGAUCCAUCUCCAACUUUUUCAGUAAAUCAUCCACCGCUCCUGCCACAAAGAAAUCCCAUCCAUCUGCAUCCACAACCAAACCCAAAGAACAGGAGAAACAACAGCCGGCGUCAAUAACACCUUCCAAGCGAAGCGCUGAUAAAGACUCACAAGAUGAUCCAAUCAAAAAGAAACUAAGAUCCGCACAAGCCGCCACCACCACUGAUAAGAGCAAGAAUAAGAAAAAGAUCACCAGCUUCUUUGCGAAAAAGUAG